UUUCCGGAGGCGGUGGCCGGAGUGGGAGGGGCUAGGCUGGAGCUGCUGGUUGGAGGCAGCCCCCCCGGGAUCAUCAGUGAGCCUGCAGACUUGUGGGUGCAGGGUCCGGUCUCUGGGUUCAGGGUGUGAGUCAGACGUGUGCGGGUGGAGGUUGGCGUGUGCCCUCUGCUAGGGGGUGAGGCAGAGGCUAUUGGUUAUGGGCUAAUGGGCUCUGGGUGUUUAUAUUCUCCUUUUCCCUCUGAAUAGUGAGGCCUCAAAGACGUCCCAUGAUCUGGAAAGUGUAGGACCCUGUUCCUUCCAGCCAGGUUCACCUGGGUAGAAAUGAGUUCUCUUCACUUUAUUUGGAAGUCCAAGGCUUUUGAUUGGAGCCCCCAGGUUUCAUUUCUGAGGACUCCCAAGCCUACUUCUUUUAGUGCUGACUGAGAAACUUUGGUGUUUGACUGUUUUACUUCUUUCUAAUGAUGGCAUUACGAAAUAAAAUCCUUUAAAGAUGUUAGCCUUUUUCAUUAUUGGAUGAAGGGUUUUUUUUUUUUUUUUAAGUCCCAGGGUGUAGGUAGCUAUGUUACUUAAAAAUGUACACUUUAAAAAGAGAGAAAAAUACCUGGAAAAUAUGUUUGCUUUGUUAAGAUGACUCAUUUUUAUUUGUUAGAAAAUUUUUAAUAGUACGACCUGAAUUUCAUUUUUCUUAUUUAUAUUAUUAUUGGAAACUCUGGUGACGUAGUGGUUAAGUGCUACGGCUGCUAACCAAAGGGUCGGCAGUUAGAAUCCACCAGGCACUCCUUGGAAACUCAAUGGGGCAGUUCUACUCUGUCCUAUAGGGUCGCUAUGAGUUGGAAUCGACUCGACGGCACUGGGUUUGGUUUGGUUUUGGAUAUUAUUAUUACUGUAUUCAUUCAUUCAGUGAAAUUAUUGACUGAGCCUAUUAUGUACGCGCUACGCACUUUUGUAGAUUUUAGGGACAUGAUAGUACACAAUAUCAAAAUCCCCACCCUCUUGGAGUUCGUAUUCUGAAAAUUGAUUAUCACUGUAUAAAUAGGGUUGCAAAACACUCAUGCAGAGUAUUAGAAAUAAAAUAGUGUGUGGGAACCCCCAAGAUAAAUGACAUUUAUUUCUUAUUGAAUGUCAUUUGGAAGCACUGUGAAUUGAAUAUGGUGCAUGUUAUAUGAUUGUUUUUGAACACUGGAUAGAGCCUCAAUAAAGCUAUUACUCUGUAGUUGUAUUACAUGUAUCACUACUCUUUGGUUGUAUUACAUGUAUCUUAACUAAUGUAAUAGUUAUCUGUGUAGUUUGGGGUUUGGUAAUAAAAUCGAGAAACCUUUUUAUUUUAACUCAAUAUGCACUCACUGUAUAGUACUUUGUUGCCUUUGAUUUCCAGGCGUUUUAUUAAUCACUUUACAAAUGAUAUUUAAUUCUCAAAACAGUCCAUGAGAUGUAGGUGCUGUUAUCUUCAUUUUACUGAGGAAGAAGUUGAAAUUUUCAGUUAAUCCUUAAAGGAAAACAUUUGAGUUGUACAAACCAGCCAUUUCAGAGUUGAAUCAUUUGUCUCUGAAAUACAUUUUAUAUUAAGAGCCAUUAAAAUAAUAUCUUCACCCGGCCUGAACAUGUGCAGAUCUUACCAAUUUUUUUGUAAAAUUUCAUUAAUCAUUGGUAAAUAAUAGAAGUCUUUUAAAUUUUCUAAUUUUUGAUGCCUACAUUGUAUGAUAAGGUUUACUAGUCUCACAGAUGUUUCUACACCUGAACCAAGUACUUGCUUUACAUUGAAAUUUAAAUCCCAUUUUACACUUGCCAUUUAGCAGAGUUCAGAGGGUGAGGUAUGGACUCUUAAGAAAUUGUACAUAUAGUUAAAGCAGAGCAAUUCUGACAUUACAACCAAAGCUGUUUCUCUUGUCAGCUGACUUGUUAACUUGGCAAGAUAUGAAGGUGACCUAACAGACAGGAUUAGAGAAUGGCUUAUUUUGUAAUGAAAUGGAGGAAAAAGAACAAAAACUUCUGAAACAAGUAUAGCUACGGAGACAGAAAUGCCCACAUUUUAUUAGAAAUUGGAACAUAAAACAGUGUUGCUAGAACAUCGAAAUUGAACAUAAGUUCUUAGCAAACUGAAGAGAGUAGAAAUUAGGUAUAAAAAUGGAGCGAGAUUUAAAGUUUCCUCAGACAUUAAGACAACAGCAACAACAUAAAAACGGUAAAGGUGAAUUUAAACGUGGAAAUGGUGGGAUCUUAUUUAUGUUCUCAGGAACUACGUUUGGAAACCCCAGCACCUGCAAGACAGCUGGGCACUGGAAGCAGCGGAACGAAAGACAGACGGUCCUCAGUUGCUGGGGCGGACGUGGGCCCAAUUUGUCCGUCGUCGCCAAGUUUCCCCCAGGGCUGGGAUCUAGGCGUGCGGCAAGUUUAGGUUCUUCGACCUCGUUGUGACCGUCACUGGCCUGAGUCAGAGGCCGAUUCAGAUUUGUUGACCUACGGAAUGCUGCGUUACGCAUACUUUUGUAGAUUCUAUAAAGAAUUUUUUUCAUGCUGGUUGGAAUCUGGCAUGCUUAAUUUAGGCACCUGGCCAAAAAGUAUGCAUACUACAGCAGAAGGAUAUAACGAAUAUGAAGCCCAUGAGCAAACAUGCAAAACUGGAGCUCAGGAGUUACAGCUGAGUCACGAUGGAGAUUCUGAAGCUGUAGCUAAAUUACAUAUUCCGGUAAUGGUGGAUGAAGUUGUUCAGUGUUUGGCACCACAAAAAGGGCAGAUUUUUCUAGAUAUGACAUUUGGUUCGGGAGGACACACAAGAGCCAUUCUACACAAGGAGUCAGAUAUUACUGUGUAUGCUCUAGACAGAGACCCUACAGCUUAUGCAAUAGCUGAACAACUUUCAGAAUCAUAUCCUAAACGGGUCCAAGCUAUGCUAGGCCAGUUCAGCCAGGCAGAAGCCUUAUUAAUGAAAGCUGGAGUGCAGCCAGGGUCUUUGGAUGGAGUUCUUUUGGAUCUUGGGUGUUCCUCCAUGCAACUUGAUGCUCCUGAAAGAGGUUUUUCCCUUCGAAAGGACGGCCCCUUGGACAUGAGGAUGGAUGGUGGCAGAUACCCUGACAUGCCCACCGCUGCUGAUGUUGUGAACGCUUUAGAUCAACACGCACUUGCAUCCAUCCUGAGAAAAUACGGGGAAGAGAGGCACGCCAAGAAAAUUGCUUCAGCAAUCGUUCAGGCACGCAGCAUCUACCCUAUCACCAGAACCCAGCAGCUUGCCAGCAUCGUCGCAGGUGCAUUUCCUGCUUCUGCUAUGUAUGCACGAAAAGACUUGCUUCAGCGAUCUACUCAUGUCGCUACGAAGACUUUCCAAGCUUUUCGCAUAUUUGUGAACAAUGAGCUCAAUGAACUCUACACAGGACUGAAGACAGCUCAGAAGUUUUUGAGACCUGGUGGUCGCCUUGUUGCUCUCUCUUUCCAUUCACUAGAAGAUCGCAUAGUCAAACGAUUCUUACUUGGGAUAAACAUGACAGAAAGGUUUAACCUAAGUGUUAGACAAAAGGUGUUAAAAUCAUCACAGCUGGGUUCAGAUCAAGAAAACAAGGAAGGUGUCUCUAUAAGGGCCCCUUUAAUGUGGGAAUUGAUACACAAGAAGGUGCUUACUCCAGAAGAUCAGGAUGUACAGGACAACCCCAGAGGGCGCUCAGCAAAACUCAGAGCAGCUAUCAAAUUAUGAGAAAAAAGUUAUCAUAGUCUGACCCUUCAAAUUUUUCUGACAAUUUCUUUCAUCUUCGUAUGUGAUCUCACUGAAAAGCUUACCAUACAAAGGUGUGGCAAAAUCUGGAAAUUGACAGUAUUUAGCGUUAUUUUUUUCUUCAAAAGGAAAUAGUAACAUGACAAUGAAAGUUCAACUCAGCAUCAUUUCAAAACUGCAAAAAAGUGUUUAUCUUAUUACAUUUUACCAGUGAAAUGCAGUUGUUUCUCUGACUAGGAAAUUUAAAAAUAAAUAGAAACUAUGGUGUGUUUUUGUUACCUAAAUAUGUAAACUCAAGCUGUCAAAAAACAGUGAUAGUAUAAUCAUAUUUGCAUUUCCUAGAUUCUUUACUUAGUUAUUCAAAUUUUCAACAGACUUUGUAUGGCUCACCUAAUAGUAAUUAUGGGAUGAAUUUUAAUUUAAUUGGGAGUAAUUAAUUAUAGGCAUUAUACAAUGUUAAAAUUUUUAUUUUAAAAAUGCAUUCUAGAGAUAAAUAUCAUUGUCAAGAGUAUAAUAUUCAUUAUUUUAAAGACAUUUUUCAGUAUAAUGUGUACUAUGGUGUUUUUGUUUGUUUUUUGCGAGGGAAAAAUGUAGAAUUACUUUAACAGCCUUCACAGAUAAUUGUUUCACAAAACUUAUAUUUAAAGUCAAUUGUGUUUAUUAUAAUAGCCCAAAAUGCCUUUGAUGAAUAAUAAAACCUAUCAUUUGAAUCCUGCAUUUUUAACUGAGCUAUUUUUAUUCAGAAUAACUCAGCCAAGUCUAUUUGAAAUAAAAGUACUAUCUGAUUUAUCCAAUAUAUUAAAAGCAGUGCACUCUUAAUGUUUUUAUUUACAUUAGUAGCUAUAAUAAGGGUAAAAGUUUAUUCAGGAGAGGUUCACUUGGUAGAGGAUAUUUUAACAAAUAAUGAUAUUAAUUCACAAUUCACAUAUCAACUCUUUAUAUGUAAGUAAGUAUUCCUAAUUUAUGCAGCAACUACUAAACUAGACACUAGAGAAACAAAAAAAAAAGGUAAGUUAAAUACUAAUGGCCCACAGCACCUGUCCUUAUGGAGUUUAUUGUCAAAUAGAGUUAAGUAAUCACAAAAAUAAAUAUAAAAUUGAUACAGCGUUAUGUGCUAAAAAGCAGUACGUGGUACCAUAAGAGCAUCUAAAAGAAUUUGGUCUGGCGAAGGAACCCAGGUCUGACAAAGUUGUGCCUGAUUUACAACCUGAAGGAGAGUAGGAGUUAAUUAGCAAAGGAUGCGUGGGGUAGAGGGAACUUGAUGAUUAAGGGUACACACAAAUGUUUAUUCUCUUAGGUUGUUGUUCUUAAAAUUGUACUUACACUAUUAACUUUCUCAGUAAGCUAUUUCUUCAAAUACAACAAACUCAUCUUUUUUUAUUAUGAUUAUAAAUUCUGAAUCCAAGUGAAUGAAAUUUAGUAUAACUAUGUGGGUGAAAUUAUUUUGGCAGUCCGGUAGCUAUACCACGGACUGCUAAAAGAAUGAUCAAGUCCCAAAUCCAUGGGUCAGGUUGGAGGCUUGUCCCGACUCAUAGCUGCAGGGGCUGGUGAACCCAAGAUCAGACCUCAGAGGCUGACAAAUCCCAAGAUUGGCAGUUAAGCUUCUAGCUCAAGUCCCAAGAACCAAAGUCAAAUGAACAGGACCCAGAUGCAGGACCCAGAGUAACCAAAAAGCCAAGGAGCCUUGCCAGAAAGCCCACCUAUACUGGAUGCAGGCUACACCCCCCAAAAAAACCCUUUCAACUAAUUGGCUACUCACAGCAGAUCCCAUCUUGCAAGUGAUCACAUUAUAUCAGAUCUCAUCAUGGAGGUGAUUGCAUCAUUAUAUGACUGCCAAACUACAUCAUAACUGCCAAAGCACUGAGAAUCAUGGCCUAGUCAAGCUGACACAUGACCUUAACCAUCACAAGGACCAAUGAAAAUGAAGAGAAGACCCUCAAUGAGAUGGAUUGACACAAUAGCCACAACAAUGAACUCAAACAUACCAACAAUCAUGAAGAUGACACAGGAUUGGGCAACAUUUUAUUCUGUUAUAUAUAAGGUCGCCAUAAGUCAGAGGCGACUUGGAGGCAACUAACAACAAUAUAUGGGCAAAAUAGGUAAGAGUUAAAUACUUAAAUUUACCUCAAACUUGUUACUUAACUCCCAUCGUAGUAUUUAAUUUUAGUUCCCAAGCUUGUUUACCACUUUUACUUUACAGGCUUUAUUCGAAUCUGAACAAUCCUAUUGUGAAAUCAGAAUUAGAAAAAAUUUCUGGGGACAGUGUGCUCAAAAUGGAAAUGAGAAUGCCCAGGUCAGUCCCCUACAUUCUACUGAAGAACUGUGUAAGUUUCUUUUUCCAUGAAAGACAUAUUUGUGAAUGUGACUGAGAGAUCUCCAAAGGUAGGUUCCCAUCUAAGAAUAUGAUUAGAAAAUAAAAGCCUCACACCAUUAUAUAUUCAACAAUUAUUUGUUUAGUUCAUCAUUUUUGUAUUCUGUAUAAGAUGGAAAUUUCUUCUUCAAUGUCAAGUGGAAACAGAGAAAAAAAAUCUUGAAUAAUAUGCAGGAGAAAAAUCCUCCUUCAAAAGACAAAAUAGUUAUUUUAAAAUGUUUUGGCCUAAAAAAAUAGUAACUUUUCUGUAAUUAAGCUGCUUAUCACAAUAAUUCUUGCCUACUUCUUAGUCUUGCUGUAGGAUGCAUAAUAAAACAAGGAAUGAGUUUUAAAUGGUUAACUCUGGAGAAACAUUUAGGGCGAUUCAAAAAAUAUACAUAGAAAAUAAAAACCAAUUGUUACAAUGGAUAUGUGUUGCUUUUCUGAGACAAAGCAUAAAGAAUAUAAAACAAGCAAUUGGUUUAUGUUUCUGCAUCUCCCUAUGACUGCCUUGCUCUACAAAUCGUUUUAACACAGCAUCUUAACAAUUUUCAGCUCAUCGCUUCCUAAGAAACGAUGAAAUUUAAUAACGUAAUUUUUAGCUGAUACUCCUAUUUUAUACAUUCAUAUUGUUUUUAAAAUUGUCCACUAGUGACCAAGAAAUCUUCUCUUUGGAGUUUCUAGGGUUUUUUGAUAAUAUAUCUAUACAUCUGCUCUUUUCAUGUAAUAUAUGAUACAUGAUUUCUGCGUAAAUUCAUUAGUUUUUUUAACUUAGUGCAUAAGUUUAUUAGUUUUUGAAUUAUCUAAUAUCUCUUAAUAUUAUCUGUCAGUAUUUCAAAAACAUAUUUUCUUUAGUCUUUACAGAGUAUUGUGUAUCUUCAGAGUUUUUUAAUUCUUUUUAAUUUUUGUUUUUAAAUAGGAAGCAAAGAUAAUGAUGACUCUGCUGCAGAUUUAAAAAAUAAUUUUAAUUUCAUUUGAAAUGCCUGAUACAAAAAGUAUGAGACAGUUCUUAAUAGAAAAUUAAAUACAUGCAACUAAAACAAAAUUUGUAUCAUCACUUUCAUUUGAGUAAAAAAUUAUAUAUGUAUAUAUUCAUUCAACAGGCACAUAUUAAAGGCUUACCAUUUCUUUCUUCUUUCUUCUCUCCUUCUAUUUAUAAUUUUUUCCCUUCCCUUUCUGUGUUCAUGCUGAAAUGUGAAUUUCUUAUACCAACUGAGGUGAUGUUAAUUUAUGUUUCAACUUUAGAAAAAGAAAUGUUAGGCCAUACUGGCAUGUACUAUCAUGUGAACUAAACUGUACCUGUUAAGAUUGUUGUAAAUAGAUAAAUAUUAACUAAGAACUGCUACUUGUUGGAAGUUCUGCAAUAUUUAUUUUAAUGCAGCUAUUUUCUUAUUUUUUAUAAAUUGCUGUAGUAAUCUAACAGGUGUUUUUUGUAUAAGCAACACUCUAUAAUGGAAAGGAAUAAGCAUUAAUAUAUAAAGGAAUUCUGUGAGGUAUUUAAUAAGUAUAAAUUUAGUGAGAGAAAUCCUGAUCAGAGAUAUAUUUUUCUCAGAACCACAAUGCCAUAUGUUUGAUGCUGAGUGAAGCGUGGUUUGUAAAAAUUACCAUCAUAUUUUAAAGAGGCUAGGUUGUCUAAUAAGCAAACUAUUUUUAUAUUAUCUUCUGACAUUUCAUUUGUUUAUAGCUACUAUUUCCAGCUAGUGUUUGAUAACACACAGGAUGAUCUGUAGGUAUGCUAAGAAAAAGUUUAAAUUAUUUUUAACAGUGUAGUUAGCAUAAAUUUUCAGAAACAUUAAAAGAUAUUUCAAUAGAAUUGAUUAUGUAAAAUACAGUGGUAAUAGUUCUUAUUGCCUAAUCAUUUGCAUGUACCUUAAAAUUCUUCACAAAUUUCUUGGCUGUGUCACUCUUCUCUCACAUAGUCUCCCAGAAUUAUUAGAUAACUAACUAAAGAAAUCAAAUUUAAUGCUCUGAUGGGCAAAGUAGGAGGUUGCGUCUUUGGUAAUGUUACAUCUCCUUAGGCAAUCCUUUACUUUAAAUAUGGUUGCCAGUUGCUGUCAAGUUGGCUCUGACUCAAGGCGACCCCAUGUACAGCAGAACUAAACAUUGCCUAGUACUGCGCCGUUUUCCCGACCAUUGGCAUGCUCGAAUCCAAUGUGACUUCUGUGUUUGAGUGCCUUCCAACCUAGGAGGCUUAUCUUCUAGCUCUGUAUUGGACUAUAUUCUGUUGUGAUCCAAAGGGUAUUUAUUGACUUAUUUUCAGAAGUGGAUUGUCAGGCCUUUCCUUCUAGUCUGAGUCUGGAAGCUUUGCUGUAACCUGUCCACUAUCGGUGACCUUGCUGGUAUUUGAAAUACGGAUGGCUUAGCUACCAGCAUUGUAACAACACACAAGUCACAAUAGUACCACAAACUGAUAGAUGAGUGGUGGUUACCUUAAAUGCUAAACAGAUUUUCUACCAUCAGCAGUCACCUUAUUAAAUAUAUCACUGCCCAGAAACUAGAAUACAAAGCUAGAAUCAAACAAGAGAGCACACUCCAUUUCUGAUUCUUGAGUAAUUGCUUCUUGCCUAUUUAAACCCAUCCUUAUACUUUUUUUUUUUUAUACUUUGGCCUAUAAUGCUUGUCUGUUUUGCAAAAGAUGAGGAUUUAUAUUGUUAAACAAUCAAAUGGUAUGAUUCCUCAUACUUUCACGAGGAAAAGUAUUAUCAUCUAACUUGUACAGAUUCUAAAUUGAGAAGGAGGCUGUGUAGCAUUGUAAAUAAUACCAUUGGCUUUGGUAUCAGAAAAAACGUGAGUUUGAAUUUCAGCUGUGCAUAUGUGAGCUAAAAAUAUGAAUUUAGGAAGACUACUUAAUCUCUUGAAUCCUCAUUUAUUUCACUUCAAAAUGGGGAUAAUAUUGCUACCUGUAUCAUCUGCCUGCUGUAAAUCAAAUAAAAAAGAAAAUCAAAUAGAAGAUACUUAAUAAAUAUUUGUGAAUUAACUGAAAGUCGUAUGGAUAAAAUGAGAUAACACAUGUAAAGCAUUUAGCACAGUUCUGGUCACAUGGUAAAUACUCAAAAAAUGCAUAGUUGUAUGAUUUUGCUGGAAGAGAUUUAUAAAAAUACAAUUCACAUUUCUCAACACUGUGGUUAAGGACAUCAUGUGUAUGCUUUAUUGCUGGUAGUUUAAAAUAGCAUACUCUACAUCACUAGUGAAAAUUGAUUGGGUUAUAGUUGGUUUUAUUAUUUGGGGAUUUUGUUCCUAUUUAUUAUAAUUUAAUACCCUCAGUGUUUGCUAAACUGUGACAGGGUAUAAAAAACAGUAAUUGCUCUUGUGAAGUUUCCAUUUAUGAGAAAUAAGAUUGGUGGGAAAAAAAACCAGUUGCUGAGGUUAUUUGAUAUUUGUUUAGGUUGGAUAAAGUAUUUGUCCUCCUACUCCUCUAUAUCAGUAAAUGGCCAACCUAAGUAGUCCUUAUAGUAAGAGUCUCCAAAAUACAUUUUCAGGGAAAAAAGGAAAAAAUUAUUUGUGAGGCCAUAGGUGGGCGAUUGCUGUGAGAGUAAAGUUUCCCACCCUGUACUCUAAAGGUGCUGAGAAUACAAAGUACCAGUAAAAAAAAGGGAAAACAACUCGUGAAAGGUAGGUCGACUGUUCACACUUAGAAUGAGCUGGUGAUUUUCCCUUUUACAACACCACAAAAGUAGAGAUUAUCAGAACUGGAUUCCUCUAAUUCCCGCUCUCUCGCUUUCAUUUCAGCAUUUGUUAGUCUCUUCUGUUAUCUCUACUUUGUUCUCCUGUGUCUCAGUGGAAAGCUUAUCCUUGUAUGCUUUCUGCCUAUAUUUUCCAGGACUUAGUUCCAUCAAUUUUGCUUACCCCCUUCUGUCUUUAACCCCUUCUCCUCUGGCAUCUUUCCCUCGGUCUACAAACAUGUUCAAAAGUGCUCAUUCUAAAACGAAAUGAUAGUGACUACCCGUUGAUUCUGUUUUCCUUUCCAAAAUACCACCCAUCUUCCUGUUUUCUCUCAUAACCUGAUUUCUUAAAGUCUACAUUUGCAACUACUCACCUGCCUUUCAUCCAUCCAAUUCUAGUGUAGUACUCUAUAGAAACUGUUUUUUAAGGGUCAAUAGGGACCUCUUCAUUGUCAGACCCAAUAGCCUAAUCUCCAUCUUGACUUAGUUUAUCUCUCUGCAGCAUUUGAUAAUGUUGAUGUGCCCUUCCAUUAAAAAAUCUUUUCUUCAUUGCAUUCAACAAAAUCACUCCUUUCUGUAGUUUACCCCUCUAAUGCUCUGAUUCCUUCACUGGUUCCUUUUUCUCUACCCCAUCAGACCAAGACAUGAUUCAUGUGAAUUGUUCACAAAAUAUGGGCUGUCCCAGGUAUGUGCAUUUAGUGAGGGCAGUGCUGUGAAAUCACUCCAUGACCUUCCAAGACCGGAGAUACAAAGAAACAGAGACUGGAGAAUUCCUGGAUGAAAUUAGUGUGUGUGUGUGUUUAUUUAUUAUCAUGUAGGUAUUAGACCAGGAAGGAUCAAGGAGUUAAAAUUGACAUCAAAUGAAGUAAAGUAUGUACUGACAUACUUUACUUAGAAAUGACAUAUUGCAUUGGGCAAAUCUACUGCAAAAGAUCUUUUUAAAGUGUUAAAAAAGCAAAUAUGUCACUUUGAGGACUAAGGUGCACCUGACCCAAGCCAUGAGGAUUUUCAGUCACCUCAUUUGCAUGCAAAAGCUGGACAAUGGAUAAGGAAGACCAAAGAAGAAUUGACGCCUUUGAAUUUUGGUAUUGGCAAAGAAUAUUGAAUAUACCACAGACUGCCAGAAGAACAAGCAAACCUGUCUUUGAAGAAGUACAGCCAGAAUGCUUCUUAGAAGUAAGGAUGGCAAGACUCAUCUUACAUGCUUUGAACAUGUUAUCAGAAGGUACCAGUUCCUGGAGAAGGACAUCACGCUUGGUAAAGUAGAGAAUCAGCACUAAAGAGGAAGACCCUCAAGGAAAGGGAUUGACACAGCGGCUGCAAAAUGGGCUCAAACAUAGCAAUGAUUUUGAGGAUGGUGCAGGACUGGGCAGUGUUUUACUCUUUUUUUUUUUUUUCACAUAGAGUCACUAAGAGUCAGAACUGACUUGAUGGCACCUGACAAUGACAUGUACUAACCAGGACUUCAGCCUUGGCAAUGGCAGGCAAGAUAAUUUGUAUCAACCAUCCCACUAAAAACAAUUAGAAAACCUGGACAAAACAUUUUUUCAAGCAGUUUGUAUGAAAGCAUCAGAGAGCUAAUAAGUCAAUGAAAUAUAUCCCAGAGAAGAAAGAAACCCAAAGAGGUUAGCCCAAUGUUUGGAGUAGGAAAUUGUCAAUUCCAGAAGAGACAGCUGAGAGGCGGAGAAACAGAGGAACUAGUCUUUUUGAAAAUACAGGAGAGCUUGAAGUAGACUGGACCUUGAAGAACUGAGGCUCAGUUUGAAAUCAUCUUUCUUCUUGAAAUUGGAUUAACUUGACCCUGGAUUGGUAGAAUCCCUAACUGCCUGUCAAAAGCAAUUGUAAUCCUUUUUGGGGGGAGGGAGUCGUAUCUUUAAAAUUAUUUCUAUAAUUUUUCAUAUUUAGGAUUCAGCACUGAAUCAGAAAUGAUCAAUCAUAAAGAGAAAAGACAUGAUUUUUAAAAAAGGAAGAGAAAUACAGAUAAUAAAAAAGAUCCUUGGGGGAUUCAGACACAUGUUGUGAAUAUGGUCAAGGAAAUAACAAGAACUGGAAGCUGAAAAUAAUAAAUGUUGGAAGUGAAAAAUAUAGCACCCAAACUUAACUCAUUGAAUGAAUUUAAGAGCAGAUUAGACAUAAAAAGCUAACAAUAAAUAAUGAGCUGGAAUGUCAGAGGAAAUAUCCAAAAUGAAGCAUGGUGAGACAAAAAGAUGGAAAUUACAAAAUAAAAAGAGAGAAAGAGCAUAAUAGAUAGUUUCAUAUGUACUUGGAAUCCCAGAAGGAGAGAAGAGAAAAAUUCAGGCAUAAGCCAUAUUUAGGGAAAGAAUGGGUGAGAACUUUCCAAAACUGAUGAAAGAAAUCAAGCUAUAGGUUUCCAGAAGCCCUAAAACUUUCUAGGAAGAAGAUACUAAAACCAACUAGAAACUGAAGUAAAAGAAAUCUUUAAAAAUGGUAUCCCUUGAGUUUAAAAGCAACAGGCAUUCUCAAGGAAUAUAGCUCACAUGAGCCAUUCUAAUGGGGGCGGGGCGGGGGUGGUGCUGCUUGAUGGUGAAUCCAGCAAAGCAACAUAUGAAAAACAAAAGCAAAACAAACAGAGCAGUUUGGUAAAAGGUACUGUGAUAACCUUGGAAUUCAUGUAAAUAUAGAACUAAGAAUAAACAUUCAUGGAAAUUAUGGUUACAGAACAGAAUACAAACAUAAGUCUUGAAAAUGUAAAAACAGAUCUUCUCAAAUUAUGAGGUUAAGGGGACAGGAGAUAGGGAAUUAUAAGUACACUAAUUUCCUCAUUUCUAUAGCAAGGAAUAAGUACUGUCGAUACUUGAAACGUGCAGUUUAAGAAGUGAUUCCAAUCACACCUCACAUCAUAUACAAAUAUUAACUCAAAAUGGAUCAAUGACCCAAAAUAUUAACUGAAACCAUUAAACGCUUAGAAGAAAUACAGUAGUAAAAUGUUGGGGCCAAGUUUUUCACAAUGGAUUCUUAGAUGUGACACUAAAAGCACAAAAGGAACAAAAACCAAAAUAGAUCAUAUGGACUUCAUCAAAAUUGAAAACUUGUGCAUCAAAGGACUUAAGAAAGUUAAGAGAAAACUGAAUGGAAAUAUUAUAGUCCUAUAGAAUGGGAGAAAAUAUUUGGUAACCGUCUAUCAGAUAAAGGUUUAACAUUCAGAAUACAUAAAGAACUAUAACUCAACAACCAAAAGACAAACAACCCAAUUAAAAAAUUGGCAAAGAACUUGAAUAGGCAUUUCUCCGAAGAUAUACAAAUGGCAAACAAGCACAAAAGAAGAUCCUCAAUGUCAGUAGUCAUUAGAGAAAUGAAAUUAAAAGAAAAAACACAAACAAUGAGAUACCAUUUCACAUGUACUAGGGUGGCAAUUAUCAGAAAAGUAACAAGUAUUGUCAAGGAUGUAGAGAAAUUAGAACCCUAGUACAUUGCUGGUGAGAAUGUAAAAUGAUGCAGCCACUUUCGUAUUGAAUUACCACAUGACCCAGAAAUUUCACUCCCAGGUAGAUAUCCACAAGAAUUGAAAGCAACUCUAAUAGACACGUAUACACCAGUGUUCAUUGCAGCAUUAUUCACAAUAGCUAAAAGAUGGAAACAGAUGAAUAGAUAAAUAAAACAUGGUAUAUACAUACAAAUGAGUACAGAUAGUCACCAACUUACAAUGUAUUCAAGUUACAACAAAUCGUACUUACAACCAUCCUUUUUUUGUACAUCUUAUCAUUAGUAAUAUAGUAAUACGUACUAUGUACAGUGUUGUAAUAGUACAUAUAGUACAAAGUGCAUAAUUUGCUGAUGUUAACAUUCUCAUGCCAACCCUCAGACAAAUAAAGAUUGGAUUUAUAAAGAUAAAAAAAAACCAUACUGAUAACUUAAAAAAAAAAAAAAAGAGCUAUUGGACUUAUGGCAGAACCAACUCACGAUGGAGUCGUCAGAAGGGAACCCUGUCAUAAUUCAGGGACUACCUGUAUUGUUCAGCUAUAAAGAGAAAUGAAGUUCUGAUACAUGCCACCACAUGGAUGAACCUUGAAAACAUUAUGCUAAGUGAAAUGAAACAGACAUAAAAGUGCAAAUAUUGUAUUAUCUCACGUCUAUGAAAUAUCUAGAAUAAGUGGAUUCAUAGGGACAAAAGUUUAUUAAUGGUUACCAGGGGUUGGGAGGAGGGUUGAAUGGAGAGUAUAAAAAAAUAUGUUACUCAAACUUAACCUACGUUGAUGUGACAUAUCUUCGUCCUUAGUCUUCCUAACCAUAUUUGAUAACAUACACCUGAAAGAGACUACCCAAUUCAGAGAACUUUAACUUCAAGGAUGGCAAAUAUCUUACAUUCCUAUUCAGUGCUGAUUUGUUUGGUAAGAAAAAGAGAAUAUGUCCUCUUCCAGAUUUACAUAUAUUCUUUAUGAUUCUGCUUUUCACUUUUGAAUGGUACCAUACUUAACUUCUUCUGAAUCUAUAGAAUUAUUGUCUUCACAUAGUAACCCCUUUAAUCAUGAAGCAAACCGUAUUUAAGAGCCAACCAGAUAAUUUUCCCAUUUCCUUUUAUGUACAUAUCUAUUUUCCAUGGGGAAGGGGAGGCUUCAGGGAGAAGGAAAAAAGAAAGAAAACCUGUAGUGAAUGUGAAAUGUUGGACCUAUCUAGUUGUUGUAGAAUCUACCAUUGUUCCUUUGAAGAAAUUCAGCAUUUGCCUUACAACCAGAGAAUAAACAUCAGCUUCUAGAGAAAGCUAUUGAAUUUCAAAAUCCCUUUGAAAUGUCACGUUAACCUGUUUAACUUUCAGUCAGUUCUUUAAAGCAUCAAGCAUUUCUUGAUGACUCCCAGAUCUAAAACUGCUUAUAUUUCUCCGACUUAAAAGUUUGUUUCCCUCAGUAGCAAACGAACUGUGGUGAAUGCAUCGUGCUGUUCAGGCCUGGGAGAAGUAUAUCGCAGCUGCAGUCUAUGUGUAGUCUUUCUGCAGGUUAGUUCAAUUUGUGAACAUUGAACAGGGUCAAAUGUUAAAUGUGGUCGAUUUGGCUAAAACUAGAGCGCUCUAGCCUUUUAUUUAACCCUCCAUUAAAUUUUAAUCUAUAAAGCUGUAUUUGUUACAUAGGGUAUCUUUUAUUUUGAGAUGUGUAGAGAUCAGGCAACAAUUAUUAAUUCAUUAUUUUGUUCACUCAACAUUUAUUGUCUAUUUGCUAAGAACUGGAGAUAAAAGGAGCCCUGGUGGCACUGCACAGUAGUUAAGUGCUCGGCUGCUAACCAAAAGGUUAGCAAUUUGAAUCCACCAGCUGCUCCAUGGAAGAAAGAUGUGGCAGUCUGCUUCUGUAAAAGAUUUACAGCCCUGGAAACCCUAUGGGGCAGUUCUACUCUGUCCUAUAGGGCCGCUAUGAGUCUGAAUUGACCUGAUGGCAAUGGAUUUGGUUUUGGUUUGGGAGUUAACAGAGUUAAAAAAAAAAAAAAAAACAAAGUAUGUCCCUUCUCCUUGAAGAGCUCACAUUACAGUAUAAAGUGGGACAGAGAUGUGUAAAUUUUUAAAAACUAGAAGAGGGUAAAUUCUGUAAAAGCAGUUACAAAGUGCUAUGGCAGCAUAACCAGAGCCCUGGUGGCACAGUGAUUAAGAGCUCAGCUGCUAACCAAAAUGUCAGCAGUUUGAAUCCACCAGUCACUCCUUGGAAACCCUAUGGGGUAGUUCUACUCUGUCCUAUUGUGUCGCUGUGAGUUGAAAUUGACUCAGAAGCAACAGGUAGGGUUUUAUGGGAACACAAAUGAAUUUUUUUCUUCCAGGCAGAACUGGAUUGAUAAUUUUUAUCUCUAAAGCUAAAUUCCUCUCAAGAUGAAUCACGAAAAUACUCCUGAGAUACAAAGAUAAGUGGCCUUGCCUUAUAAUUCCAUUGGUAGCCUUCAUGUCUACACUUAUUCAUUGAGUUAUUUUUGUUCUCUGGUCUUCAGGUACUUUGACUCCUGUGACAUAAUUUUCUCAAAACACUCCACAAACUCCGUUUAGAUUUCAAUGUCAUGUGUAUGCAUGUGUUCAUCUUAUUAAGAACACAAAUAUUCAUAGUCAUGGAUGACCACCUAGCAGUUAUUGUGAAAUAACAACCUGUCUGUAGGAGCCAUUUGAUCCUAGAUUAGGAUCCUUAAUAUUUUUGGAGCCAUGAUCCUCUUUGAAAUCUGAUUAAAAUUACAGACUCCCUAAAGAAAAAGGCACAUAUACAAAAUAUUUUGCAUACAAUAGCAAAGGGCUCUUGAA